UAGAGGGUGUCACUAUUCCAGCCCAUACAAAAUCUGAGAACCAUGAGGAGCAUUCAGUCAGACCAUCUUAAAACAACUUGAUGAGCCCAUAUCAUCGACAAAAAAAAAUGAAUAUGACUCUUCCAAGGAAUGUUUUGCAGCUGAGAAAGGUUUUUGCACAGCUCUCCGCCGUCUUGCUGCUUACACUGACUCAGAAGUCUGUCUCAACAUCUGCCGCCAUGGCCUGUGGGGUGUCUGUGGAUCCACCUGCCUCUAUUGAAAUAACAGACCCUGGGAAGCUGGGUUACCUUACUAUCCACUGGACUCCACCAGUCAGCCUUCAGAAUCUAACAGACUGCAAAAUAAGAUACCAACUUGGAUACUAUGACACCUAUGAGGACCGGUGGAAAAUUGUCCGAACUCCUAAACUGAGUUAUUCUGCUCAGUUCGACCUUGAGAAACCCAUUAAGAUAAGAAUUGUUACUCUGAUGAAGUGCACUUGCACCAAUGGGACAGAAGUUCAAGGGGAGGAGGCAGAAAGGGUGUUCACCCCUGACCUUACAGGUGUGGAAGGGUCAAGAAUAAGAGACUUUCACUGUGUUUUCUAUAAGAAAGAGUAUAUGGACUGCAUCUGGGAGUCAGGACAUGUCCAACCACCAAAUACAAAGCACUACCUUUAUUACUGGCACAUGGAAAUGAAUGAAAUCCAGGAAUGUCCAGAGUACAUCGUAUUAUCUGAUGUUCGGCGAGGCUGCAGGUUUCCUCGACAAUCUCUGUUGGAGUUCUCAAAUUUGAAUAUGUGUGUAAAUGGAUCAUCUGCAGCUGGAAGUCUGACAACUGCCUUCUUCUCUUUGGAGGUCCAGAACUAUGUGAAACCAGAAGUGAUUUCUUCUAUACGAAUCUCAGAGACUGAUGCACUAUUGAAGUUAGAUUGGGUUUCACCCAGUGGUUUAGUUCCAGAGCAGUGCUUGGAAUAUGAGGUGGAGAGCAACAUUAGAAUGACAGAUGGCAGAGAACAACAGCACAGAAAACCUCUUGAGGAAACAUCGUAUGACUUCCCAAAGGAGGGAGAAAGUACGUCAACUUGCUUUCGAGUCAGGUCAAAGAUGAACACGUACUGUGCUGAUCAAGGAUUUUGGAGCGACUGGAGCCAAAUGAAGUGUACAGCAUCAGAAAAGGAAACUCUAUACAUUCCUGCAUGGGGUCGUUUGAUUUUGGUGCUGGUUAUUGGUGUUGUUAUAGUCUUCGUCGUUUGUAUUACACUGUGGAUUUUAAAGAAGACGUGCAUAAAAAAUACCAGAAAGAAGGAUGGUAUUUACACUUUAUACAAGCAGAAGAUCAAUGAAAACAUUCCCACAAUCCUCAGCCCAAUGUUCCAGUGAUGAACUGCAUUUCAUUUCUCAUCUCAUGCACUGUUAACUGUUAAGAUUUGGUUGUAGUUGGCCUGUGUUACACUGCAUUACAAAUCUGUAAUUUUAAACUGCACUAAAUGUAUAAACGUAGACAGCUGAUAGGACCAACAGUCCUUAAAGGAUCAUAGCAUACCUGAUUUAUUGAACCACUUUGUUUACCAAAUGUCUAUAUUAUUUACUAUUAUGUUUACGUAUUUGCAUUAAACGUCAAAGUUACUCAUUUUCCAAAUGCCAACGAGCUUGCCCAUUUUUGCUCUCUUUAUUGUAAUAUUAACUUUUUCAUGACUAUUUUAGUAUUUGAGAUGUUUUUACUGUCGAUCAUAUUAUGAAGUAAUCAUUUUUACGUGAUGCAUUUCAAUUUAUACACUUAUAAGUAUCAAAACUGUAUAAUAAAAAAAAUUAAAAAAUGUUGUGAAGUCUGUUAAACACACAGAUAAUAGACUGUUUACAAAACACUUGCAAAAUAUGAAAUGUGUAAUGUGAAAUGUAUGUGUAUGACUUAUGAGAUAAAGAAUUAUCUAAAAGCACUGUUAAUAUGUUUUAACUUAAACCCAGCAGGGAUUCGUUAUUUUUAAACCACAUUUACUCCUUUGGUUCUCGCAUACAGUAGAUCAACUGCCUCUGACAAAGUGAAUCAAGGUUUGGUACAGAGCCUGACAUCAGCUUUGUAGAUCUGGUGAGUGUGUUUUUUAUUUUUGCUGUAUUCGAUGAUGUCAUGUCACCGUUGUGUCUGGUUAGAUGGUUCCAGAUAUCCAUACAUUCAGUCUCCUUUAGUUUAUCACUGAAAAAGUGACGUAGGGGUUAGUCAUGGAAACAUACAGCAUAUUGUACAUACCUGUAGUAGAGACACUAUAGCUCAAAGAUAGAUAUGUCUCUCACAUUUAACACACCUGGUUAGCUCAAUGAACUGUAUCAGAUCAGGGAGAUAUACAAUUUUUGAGUGUUACUGAUUCCCAGGAUUAAGAACCCCCUGACAGGCACCAUCUUCCAGCCAUAAACCUUUUCACAACAAAAUAU